AUGCAGGCCAGACGCAACCGAGAUUUGCAAGACCAGACAGCAGAUGCCAAUGUUUUCCGUGUGGGUCUAGAAAGCAAAGGCAAGGGGGACGUUAGCGAGAAGGAGUCGUCGAGCGAUUUUCUUGCAACUUUUCUUACCGAAAUUGGGAAGGCCAAGCUGCUGACAAGGGAAGAAGAGAUUGAAUUAUCCAGGAGAGUCAAGAAGUCUGUGGAGCUCCAAAAUCUACGAGCCAGAGUUUCUGAGGAGCUUGGUCGAGAGGCCACCCACUCCGAGUGGGCUAAGGCGCAAGGCUGCUCGGUAUACUCACUGAGGAGGAAGCUGAGAGAGGGGGAGCUGGCUAGGCAUAAGCUGCUUGCGACAAACUUGCGUCUGGUAGUCUCUGUGGCGAAGAAGUACCUAAGAUGUGGGGUCGAGCUCUCCGAUCUGGUUGCGGCUGGAACAAUGGGCCUGUCCAAAGGUGUGGAGAAGUUCGAUCCGAACAGAGGCUACAAGCUCUCCACUUACGUUCACUGGUGGAUCCGACAGGCGGUAACACGGGCUGUUGCCGACCACUCCCGCACGAUCAGACUGCCUGUCCAUGUGCACGAGACCCUCGGAAGAUUGCGGAGGGCGAAGGCACAGCUUGCGAGCGAAGGGGAACUAGCCAAUGUCAAGAAUCUCGCCAACACCUUGGGAUUGUCAGAGCGGAAAAUUGACAACGUCCUCAAGCUCAAGUACAAGACUAGGUCCAUGAACGAGGAAGUAUCGCCAAACAACCGCAUGGAAGAGGGCUCGACAAUGGACAACUUCAUUGCAGAUCCAGAUGCGGAAACUCGCCCCUGGAAAGAGCUGGAAGCGGAUUUCUUGCAGGCCAAUGUGAAGAAUGUGCUGCUUGAUCAGCUUGAUCCUCGAGAACGGGACAUCAUCCGCCUAAGAUUUGGAUUUGGGAGGACAGAUGGAAGGACAAUGACUCUAGAUGUGAUCAGCCAGCGAUAUGGAGUCUCUAGAGAAAGGAUCAGACAGCUUGAAACAGUGGCUGUGCGCAAGCUGAAGCUUCUCAGCCAGGGCAAAGAGCUUCACAGGUAUUGCUACUAG